AUGGCUUCAGAGGUGGAGAAGGCAGAUGCUCUCCUCCAGACGUUCAGCACUGCCUCUGUAGUCUCCAGCUUGGGCUUGGGUAUUUUCUGCUUUCUGGCAGACAAGGCGCAGCAAACCUCUUUAAUUCAACAAAAUGACUGGCUGAGAGCCAUGUCUGACAGUGCCACCCAUGGGGUGAUAGGCAUGUGGUCAUGGGCCAUUGUGAUUGGCCUUCGUAAGAGAAGUGACUUCUGUGAAGUUAUUCUUGCUGGAUUCUUUGCUUGCAUCAUUGACCUGGAUCACUUCUUUCUGGCUGGGUCUAUAUCAUUAAAGGCUGCUCUCAAUCUUCCUUAUCGUCCUCCUUUGCAUUGUUCUACAAUUAUCCCCAUUAUGGCUCUCGCCCUGAAGUUCCUCAUGCAACUCCUAAGGCUGAAGGACUCUUGGUGUUUCCUUCCUUGGAUGUUAUUCAUCUCAUGGACUUCCCACCACGUUCGUGAUGGGAUCCGGCAUGGGCUGUGGCUCUGUCCGUUUGGAAAGACUGCUCCUCUUCCCUACUGGCUGUAUGUGGCCAUCACUGCCUCUUUGCCUAAUCUGUGCUCACUCAUCAUGUACCUCACUGGAACAAGAGAAAUGAUGACCAAAAAACAUGGAAUACACAUUGAUGUCUGA